AUCUGAUCGUGGUACUGUAUAAAGCAUGAGGUCGUGAGAUCUGAGAACUCGCAGUUAGUUGUGAUAUACAUGCGAAGCGGGAAUCGGAAUCGGAAAACAUGCGGCAAUCACUAAAUUAUGAUGACCUCAAACAAUGGGCUGCAUGCUUGGGUUAUGAGUCGAAACGCCUGCAGGGCAUCGAGGGCGACGACAGAAACUCGGGCGUAGGGGGCUAGGGGCGCAGGUUGGGAUCCGAGGAAAAAGGAAGCCGCCCUGGCAUGCGUGAUCUCACACUGGCGUCGUCUGGCCAGGCGGGUGAUUGGGGCGUAUUAUACGAGAUAUUUGACUGCCCAUGAAAGCUGUUGAUUGACCUGCUCGGCUAGACUGUUGAUUAGAUCAGCCCUACCACGACGGGCCUUGUCGCUUCUAUUCUCCGGAAAGGACAUCGACAUCGCUCGGGCCCAAUCGAUUGCGCCGAGAGAAAAUCGAAAGGUGACGGGACGUCGGCUGCAUACGAAGAAUAAAGGGGGCAAUCAGCGUCGAGUCUCCGGGUCGUAUGCUCAUCCUGAUUCCAAAGGCCCGAUCUAUCCAUGCAAGAUGCAUCCCGCGCGUGAUCUCCGUCGCUCGCCUUCUUUUGUCUCCGAAUUAUUUGACGCCUUAGCCACAAACAAUGUGCUCCAAUCCGUUUGAUUUAUGGCCCCCUUGCUCUUUCCUCCCGAAAAGUUUGAUUCCUCGAUUUCUUGCCACCGGUGGGAAGAUUAGGGAGACAUGGGGACAACGUCAUGCUUUUCCGAACGCGAGGGCCAAGAAACACGCCUCGCGCUCGUGAAAACGCCUCGCGCUAGGCUUUACAAGAGUUCCGAGGCGUCGAGGAUUCAAUGGGGUCCGAAUUUGUUUGACCUCUCGGCCAGCUUCCACACAAGAAGAUGAGGCCGGCACAUUUUCUUCAUGCAGGUCCCCCCCACCCCCUCAAGCCUCUUGCCACUUGCAUCGGGAAAAGUAGACGAAGCAUUCCUCGAGGGUAUCUUUCUCGGCUAGUCUUAGUGGGCAUCAAAUCGCUCGAACGAGGAGGAGGAGGAGUGUACGCGAAUCAACCUUGUCAACUCGGGCUACAGUAUCUCCUUUGGACUGAUUGCCUCCGAUAAAAAUCUGGAAAGCUUGACGGCUUUUGCAACUUUUGUUGAGCCGUGUGGGUUUCGAGUAUGCAGCGCUCUAGGAUGUUGACCAUGGUGCUCAAGAAGGCGGGUCGGCACUUUGGGGACCCAGUUUUCUCUCUCGAUAAAUUUGGAGAUUCGCUAUCUUUAUCACCUCGCAACUUUUCUUGAGCCGUGUGGAUCAGACUAUGGGACCACAACACAAUACAUCUGGUUCUAUCCUUACUGCCCAACAGAUUCACUAGUUUCUCCUCGGCCCAAAGCUAAACACUUUGAUGACGACCUUGCAACUUUUGUUGAGGCGUAUGGAAGUGGAACGAGAACCCGCAUCAUCAUGGGCUAAAUUUGACCAACUCCGGUGCUCAAAAGCAAAGGUUGUCCAUGAGGAUCAUGAGAAAGCUUCAUGGAUGUUGUAACUUUGACUCCAAGAUCACAUUGAGUCACUUAAGCAGCAGCAGAGGUGGAAUUUCAACGAGGAUCUGAGAAGUAAGAAAUCCGAAACCACCACUGGUCGACCUCGUCUCUGGGGACCGAAGACCGAGAAAGGAACCCCACGAACAAGACCCAAAUGUCCCAAGGACCGGAAGGGACAAAUGCUCCACAAUUCUAUAAGUGGCCAUUUCCUCUCCUGAAUCUUCCGAUCAAGACAUCUGGAUUGUCGAGUAUUCUAACAAGCGGAACAACCUCCUUCCUAUCUUUAGGAGGCGUUGUUGUUUCCGGCAGGUGCCGUGAUCUCCCUCCGUCCUUCGCACGUCUCACGCCGCUGUGGGCUCCGGGGGUGGUACUGUAUAUCCGAUUAAUUUAUGCACAGGUGCCGCUAUCGACAGCGAUCCGGUACAUGGAUUUAGACUUUCACGAAAAGGAUCUGUAGAGGUCGAUAAUUAAGAGGCCGCGUAGCCGAAGCAAAUCGGUGCAUAGACUUGUUUGUUGGUCGGCGUUAUCUGCUAGCUUUUUCUCUCUCCGGGCCUAGAGCUGAAUGGAGCUUAACGCAUCCUCGCUUCUGCAGAAUCGAAUUGCUCGCAUAUCCCAUACCCUAUGAUCAGAACCGGCGACGAGACGAUAAUAUCCGGUGAUCGAGUUCCUCCUUCCGAGAAAGCAAGGAUCAAGUCAACCCACAGGCUGCCCUGGAAAGGAAGAGAGCUGCUGAUUUUACCGGAAGGCUGUCAGGAGGUAGGAGCUCCGGGCAAGAUGUCAAGUCAAGAGUUAGGGUAGGGUGCACAUGGAGCAUUUGUCGCGCGAAACGUGAGACGAAGCCAUAUCAGACACAAUCGAUGCAAGCGAGUUUCGCUGUAUCCCACCUGGAUCAGGUAACGUCAACAAUCGACGGAUACUAAAAAGAAUGCCAUUUGGUGUUGUCAUGGCUGUAGAAUUCGGCCACAGUGACUUACUGUAUGCGGCUGGAGGUGACACCACAUCGCCCACAAAUAUCUUCUGUUCAUGACACCGACUCGCGAUCCCGUCUACUGAUCAUGCUGCAACAAAUGACUUCAUCGGAAGAGCAUGAGCACUGUUGAUUUGCCUGUUGAGGUCACAUCGCACUGCGGGUGGUGCGAGGCGACGAUCCCGGCCUCGCAUGAUCUUGGGGCCGAAGCAUAAGAUAUCAUUCUUCCGUUGACAACUCCCCGACCUUUGCCUGCGCGCCAAGAAAAUCCUCGUACCAAGAUGACCCACAGCUCUUAGAUUAGCGAUGUACUCCGCCUUCUUUCUUUAAGUGUGGGGGCUAUGUAACCAACCACUUCUUGCAAUGGACGUCUCCUUUCGUCUUGCUCCCUUGGCCGGCCAUGCGAUCGAAGCAUGUGAGGCGGAGUCUGGGGUCUGCGGUUGGGACGGAACGACGAGCAUUCGCGAAAUGAUCAAAGCGCCAUACCUGCAACUGAUGGAUCUGCGUAGGCCCUACUCAAAGGCGUGCUCCAGGUACACGAGACCUGGCUUCCCAAACAAAGGUACUCUUGCAGGAAUUGGGGAUAAGUGAACGAAAUGCUUCGAUCACAAAGUUUCGAUUGCGCGGAAUAUUCGUCGCACCUUGAAUUCGCCAGGUUCAAAGCUGCGUACGCAGAUUUCACGUCGGAAUACCAUCUCGCCCUUACAAAUUGAGAGUUCACAUCGAAGGUAAUUCUUUAAAUACGCGAGUGGAAAGCUCCAAGAAUGCUCAAAGCGAGCGAGAAAAUCCUUGAAACUCUUACUUUAUGUCGGGACAGAUGUUUCUAUUGUGGCCGAAUCCGAAUCCAAUUCCCCAAGUCCGAAGAAAAGGCUCGACAGCUACGAGGGCUAGGCUCGUACGAUGCACUCGCUCUCCGUAAGGGAUGCACCUUUCCGCGGGUGAAAAGCCUCUUUCGGUAAAAGCUUCAUGGUUCACAAGACGAACGUCGUCGUCGUAUGCGUCUGCAUGUUCAAUGCGAUCGGAGGAAGCGCGAUGGAAAUGGUCCGGUUUUAUGCACGAGUGUUGGGACGGACUUGGCAGGCACUUUCUCGCGGACUCGCCCUCGUGGCGCACCCUCGAGCCAUGGCCCUCGACAGCCGGGAACUCGAUUACUUCGACGACUGCGUUCCAUGAUGCUCAGGAGCCAAUCCUCAGCCUCUUCCGUCACUGGGGCCUCGACCGCCGAAACCUUCGCUCGACCCGAAUGGCGCCCAUGCCUCUGAACUUCCCUGAAGCAUCGGGCGAACGUGCUGCCAGACGUGGCUCGGCAACGCGCACGAUCGUCCGGCCUUUUAAUACGAGAAUUGUGCUGGAGCAGAGAUCGGAAUAAAGAC